AUGAAACCCCGUACUCUCCCUCAGGUCACGUUCAAAGGUGAAUUUUUAGAUUUGACUUACAACUUUGCACAAAUAAUGUUUACAAUGAAACUACUUCAUUAUCAGAAAUCAUUAGCGUUCCUAAAUUGGCAGAAUCACCGUGGUGCCAAUUUAGAAACAGAAACAAGACAUAAAUACAGACGUCUUAGAAAAUUAGCUAAGAAGAAAAUCGAUGCACGUCAAAUUGAAUACUGGUAUGAAAUUUGCGAGGAAAUAGAAAACUUUAUUAAAUUGAAUGAUCCAGCAGCUGAUUUCUCUAUCACAAGACAUUUACAUGGUGAAAGUAAACGAGCUGAAAACAUGCCGAUUGAAGAUAAGAACGGCAAACUACUUCUGAACUCAUCUGAUCAACUGCAACGAUGGCGUGAAUACUUUAAUGAACUACUUAAUGUUCCAUCAACAGUCGAUCAAAAACUUAUUGAUGAAAUUCCAAUUGAUACAUUAUCUAAAGAAGAAGGAAAGAGACAAAACGCUGAGCCAUCAACAGAAGAAAUACGAGGAGCAUUAUCUCAAAUGAAGUCAAGAAAAGCACUAGGAAAUGACGAAAUAAUAGCUGACCUUCUGAAAGCUAAAGGAGAACCAGUUAUUCGCUGGCUCCAUGAAAUAUUUGUUGACAUAUGGAAGAGUCAACUGAUGGUACAAGAUUGA